AUGGGCUACUCCGAUGAAAAUUCAAGCAACAAUGGCUACGACUCCAGUAAGGUGGCCGACUCCAGCGCCGACAAGGAGUUCAUGGCACCGCCACCCUUUGACGGGGACAUCGUCGGGGAGAUGAGCGAGGCCGAGCGCAAUAUCUACGACCACGGGGUCCGGAAAUACAGCCGUCUGGGCUGGAAGCGCUUGACCGUCGUGCUCAUCGUCGAGGCCAUUGCCCUGGGCAGUCUGUCCAUCCCUCAGACCUUCGCCAAGCUCGGCAUGGUCGCCGGCGUCAUCUGCUGCGUCGGCCUCGGCAUCGUGGCCAUCUACACCAGCUACAUCGUCGGCCAGGUCAAGCUGAAGUUCCCCCAGGUGGGCACCUACGCCGACGCGGGCACCCUCUUGUUCGGCCGCUUUGGCUACGAGUUGAUCUUUGCGAUGCUGGCGUUGCAGCUGAUCUUCCUGACCGGGUCGCACUGCCUGACCGGCACCAUUGCCUUCCAGAACAUCACCCAAAGCGGCCUGUGCAGCGUGGUGUUUGGCGUGGUAUCCGCCAUCAUCCUGCUGGCGCUGGCGGUCCCCCCCAGCUUCACCGAGGUCGCCAUUCUGGGCUACAUUGACUUUAUCUCGAUCGUGUUGGCCAUUGGCAUCACCAUCAUCGGCACCGGCAUCGAGGCCACCAACCAACCGGGGGGACUAGGCGCCGUGCCGUGGUCGGCGUGGCCCGCGCCCGAUACCACUUUCAAGGACGCGUUCAUCGCCGUCUCCAACAUCAUCUUCGCUUACAGCUUUGCCAUGUGCCAGUUUGCCUUCAUGGACGAAAUGCACACCCCGGCGGACUUUGUCAAGUCCAUCUGGGCCUUGGGCAUCACCGAGAUGAUCAUCUACACCGUCACUGGGGCCACUAUCUAUGCCUUUGUCGGCCCGACCGUCCAGAGCCCCGCGCUGCUCUCGGCCGGAACUACGUUGAGUCGGGUGGCCUUCGGGGUGGCUCUCCCGGUCAUUUUCAUCAGCGGGUCGAUCAACACUGUCGUGUUUGGUCGUAUGGUCCAUGGUCGGAUUUUCAAGAACUCGACCAUCCGUUUUAUCAACACGAAGAUGGGCUGGAUCACCUGGUUGGCCGUCAUCACCGCGGGCACCAUCGUCGCAUUUGUGAUUGCCGAAGUUAUCCCUUUCUUCUCGGAUUUGCUGUCGAUUUCUUCUGCUCUCUUCAUCUCCGGCUUCACCUUCUAUUUCCCCUCCCUGAUGUGGUUCAUGCUCAUCCGGCAGGGGAGCUGGACCUCGCGUCACAACCUGCUUCUGGCGGCCGCCAAUGGGUUGAUUCUUGCCAUUGGCGUGUUGACCCUGGGCGCAGGAACGUACUCGAGCAUCGCUGAUAUUAUCUCCGAAUACCAAAAUGGCACCGUCCACGGAGUCUUCACCUGCGGCGCACCGGAGUGA